AGACAAAGCCACUUUUCUGAAAUGAUGAAACUGCACUACUCCCAUAUUUUGCCUGCUUCUCCGUUCUGCCGUUUCCUCAUUUCCCUCUCGUAUCGGUCGGUACAGAAGAAGAGUUUCAGUACAACUUUCAUUGAUGGCUAAUCUCCCUCAGAAUUUCCAGAUGAGCGCCGCUGCCGCCGCCGCUUACGGAGGAGGCCAUGUCCCUUCCUCCGCCACCGCCGCUUUCGGAGGAGGUCCUGGCCCUUCCUCCGCCAUCGUGGCUCAGCCCAACAGGGAACGCACGAUGCAAUCUGCCGAGCAGCUCGUGCUCGACCUCAGCAAUCCCGACCUCCGAGAAAACGCUCUCCAUGAGCUCUCCAAGAAGAGAGAAAUAUUUCAAGAUUUGGCCCCACUGCUGUGGAAUUCAUUUGGUACUGUUGCUGCGCUCUUACAGGAAAUUGUUUCCAUCUACCCAGUUUUAUCACCACCUAAUCUUACUCCUGCACAAUCAAAUAGAGUUUGUAAUGCACUUGCACUUCUUCAGUGUGUAGCCUCUCACCCAGACACCAGAUUGCUAUUUAUGAAUGCCCAUAUUCCUCUGUAUCUGUAUCCUUUUCUCAAUACAACUAGCAAAUCGAGACCUUUUGAGUAUCUGAGGCUUACUAGCUUAGGUGUCAUUGGUGCCCUGGUGAAGGUUGACGACAAUGCUGUUAUCAGUUUCCUUCUUUCAACGGAAAUAAUUCCACUCUGUCUGCGCACAAUGGAGAUGGGCAGUGAGCUAUCAAAAACAGUUGCCACAUUUAUUGUGCAAAAAAUCCUUCUGGAUGAUAUGGGUCUGGAGUAUGUAUGUACCGCAGCAGAGAGAUUUUUUGCAGUGGGCAGGGUGUUGGAAAAUAUGUUGAUUGCGCUUGCCGAUCAGCCUUCACCCAGGUUGCUCAAGCAUAUAAUUAGGUGCUACCUUAGGUUGUCGGACAACCCAAGGGCUUGUGAUGCACUCAGAAAUGGUCUGCCACGCAUACUCAGGGAUGCAUCCACCAUCAACAGCCUUCGUGAUGAUCCACUAAGUAGGAGGUGGCUACAACAGUUGCUUCAGAAUGUGCAAGGUCCUCAAGGUCCCCGAGCAUCCCUUCAAGUUCAAGGAGGUUUUGAUCAUUUUUUGAUGAGCUAAAUUCUCUUGAUCCCGCCUAGUUGCGGAUCUGCUGAAUGGUUCUGUAAUAACUGUUUGACGAAAAUAUGGAGACUAGUUUAACUCAAAACUGUAGCUUAACAUAUAGUGAAAAAAGAAACUGAAAACUCGCAAGUGACAACCACUCUGGUGUGGGCCUAGGCGUGGUAGAUCUGAAUUUUUCAUGUGGUAGUCCUACAGUUGAGGUAUAUAGGAAAGAAUUAAAAAAGAGCUUGGACUAAAAGAAAUUUGCAUGGCAUAUUGACACCCAAUUUUAUUUCACCAGAGACUAGUCAAAGCUGCUAUGUAGUUUAAAUCUUUUUCAUAUUGAAGCAGGAUCAUUUGUUGUGGUAAUGUACUCUUCAGGGUUAUUGAGUUAACGAUUUAGGGGCCCUUUUAGAAGCCUCCAUUAUUAAAGUUGUUCAGCCUUUGUAACUCUUAUCAAGUUUUUAACGGUAAGUUUUUCCCUA